AUGUCUAAUCCGCCCCCUACUCAGCCUUUCGCUAGCUUAGCCCUUAGUCAAGAGCAAUUUGCAGCUUUACUUUCCCGUGAUCGCCGGUCCGAUACCCGUCACCCGGCCCUUUUGAAGAACCCUCGGGAUCCCGAAUUAAUUUAUCAGUUCAUUAAUGAAGUGGAGCUCUUUGCUCCGCUUCAUCACGUCGGUGAGGGGGAAGUCGUGGAAUACGCUUUAAAAUCCUUUGGUGCUGAUUUGCUUCGUUGGUAUGCUGAGCGUAUGUCCACUAUCGCCAGCUGGAUAGAUUUAAAGACUCAAUUGGUGCAAUGUUUCGUACCCCCACGGUUCGAAGAUAAUAUGGCCGAGAAGUUGUACCUGUUACAGCAAACAAGCACUGUGGAAGCCUAUACCUCUGAAUUCAGACGCAUUAAGGGUUACCUCACGCACGAGUCGGCAACCGAUCGCCAAGUGAAGAACUGGUACGUCAAGGGGUUAUCCCCAGCGUUGUUCCCUUACUUAAUUGAAGACGUGUACAAUCCUCAGGUGAGCUUUGAUUCUUUGGCCUACAAGGCCCAGAUUCGGGCUGAUCUUACCGGCCCGGUGCCAGUCGUCGGCUUCUAUCCUAGAUAUGAUGUGCCAGGACACAUCCCUCCCGCUCCCGCUCCCUCCACUACAGCCGUUGAUCCGGAUGCAAUGGAUAUCGAUGCUUUGGCCGUGCGUCGUAAGAAGUUGAGCCCACAAGAACGUGCUCAUCUUAUGGCUACCGGCGGCUGCUUUGCAUGUCGGAGACCGGGUCAUCAUGCCUCCCAGUGCGCCUGGAGUUCCAAAGGUAGGUCUGCAGGAAACCGUAUGAGCCCUGUCAAUACUUCGCCAAAAAAUUAA